UGCCUGGGUCUGGAAGAUUCAAUCUGUAAUGCUGAACAUUAAAACAUUUUCUCAAGCGUAGUGCGCAGUACAUCAAACUGCAACUUUGCACAUGACGAAAGUAUGGCGCUUCUAGUGCUUAUGCAAUACAGUUCUUUAUUCAGGAAUGCAAAUGCGAAACACGCAAUACAGGUUCAACAUUUAUUCCAGACUCAGACAUGUUUGCAAUGCAUAGGACUCCAUUAUCGACACGGAGACCGAAUCGGAGAAGAAAAAACGCCGCACCGAAGAGAAAAGCAAGAGGGGCUGCUGUGCCUGCUGCUAGGAGCGGGAGGCUUUUUUUAAGAUUGCAACCUAGUGUUUACUGCAAAAACUGUGCGGUAUUUGAGUACUUACUUUUAGAAGACCAGAACCGACGACGUGAGAACCUUUUGUUUGAAGACACCACACACGUUCCACUGGCAUUUCAGCAGCACCUUGUGGAGGAACUCAUUUGAAAAUUGUACGGCUCUGCUUCUAGUUCUACAUAGCUUUUGAUUGCAUGUUGUUCUUUUAUACUUUUUCCCAUUUUAUCGUUGUCUAUUCUAAGUAUUUUAUCGCCGAGUUGUUGUUCUGUACAGAUUUGAGAUUUCAUAUAGAAUGUUGACACGGUACUAUUUUCAUACACUAUUGCUAUAAUUCCCGAUUUUGGUAAUGAUUAAUUUUACAGAUCAUCGCACGACGCAUGUACAGCCAACAUGCGGGGUUGCGUGCACAGUAUUUCUUUUGCGUUUUUUGAACAUUUUUCUUCACUAUUAACAACUACAUCUACAACGCAACAGUUUAUAAUUUUUUACUUCGCCCACCAACGUAAUGCUAAUGUCGGCAUUUCUAUUAUUUCCAACUCCAUCUUUCAUUUUCACAUUUUUGUCUUGCGCGUCUACUUCGCCGAUCAUGUUGUUUCGCUCGUCCUGGGCGAUCUUCCCGAUCUUCGCGGCAAAGUACUAGCUGCAAGGUUGUAUGUGAUGCUAUUUUCCUUCUUCUUCAUAUACAACUUUUUCGGAAGUAGAUGCAAAAGUUACAUUUUGUUUUUUGACCUGAAUCAAUUAUCAUGCAUAGCCGCGAAGAACCAACAGGAGCACGGCGCAAGGAGGAAGUCUCCUUGUCGUCGAAGCACGGAUAAGUACGUAAGUACGCGAAUGGCAAGACGCAUUGAACUGCGUCUACUGUUUGGCAUAAUUCAUGAUCCCUUGGAGGGGGGAACGGGAAAUUGAUUAAAUUGAAAGAACAUCAAGUACUUGUACUUUCUUUCUUUCCAUGCCUGGGCAUGGCAUCAAAUGUUCAAGGCUCUAUCACCGUUGUGAAGAUGGUGCUGCAUAAUUACACGACG